AUGUCACAGCAUGAACGAGAAACACUGGUGACAACACAGCUUCUCUCGGAAUCAUCGUCAUCAGCUAUUCCAAUGUGUCCUCAUCAUCACAAUAAUGAAAUAAUUCCUUCUGUCAUUCAAUCAAUCGAACCAACCACUUUUGAAAUCAAAAAUUCUCACAUUCAAACAUUAUGCAAUGACGUGGUGAAACACAUACUCUCCUAUGUAAAAUAUGAUUUAAAAACAAUACUUGCAUUUGAAAGAACUUGUCGACAUGUAAAAAGUUGUUUUGCUCAUUAUUGGAAAAUGAAAUUCCCAAAAAAAAUUCCCGUAACGUGGGAGUAUUCUCGCCACAAAAAGCUUGAACUCGAUUUUUAUACAUGUUGCUAUCAUGGUGUUUUGUUUAUGGUCUCAGUUAAGGAAUAUAUGGAACGAUUGAGGCAGUAUUCAGAUUUGGAUCAAAACGCCAUUGAAAAAUUAGGAUUUUGCUAUUCGAGAUUCCUUCUCAGAAUUUAUCCCAUCUUUCAAAGUUAUCAAGAAGAAGCAGUGAAAUAUUGCAUCAAAAUUGUAUUGAAUGUUGAUGAAAAACAAUUACCUUCAAAAAUUGUGAAUCCCAAAAAUCCCAAACACAAACACUUUCCAUCAUCCCAUGAAGAUGCCUAUGCAAGGAGAAUGCUAAAACGAUCCUUUGAAUUAAGGGAAAUUGAGAAUGCUCCAAGCUCAGCAUCUCCUUUAGCACCAUCAAGGAAUUGCAAACAAAUGCUCUAUUUGGUGAAUUCCAUUGGAAAUCUUCAUAUUUAUCGAGAAUUACUCUACACGCACAUGAUUUCAAGUUAUCAAAAACCACUUUUCAAGAAAAGCAUGCAAAAGAAAUUGGCAAUUAUGGGAUCUCUCUUUUUCAUUCUGAUGGUCAUGCUCAUAUUGGGUGUAGUGAUCGCCUUGUUUUUAUUUCUAGUUUUCAGAGAAAAAGAGGUCAUUAAGGACUGGAGUAUUGGUAUUGGAAGUACCUUGUUGAUUGUUCCAGUCAUUGCCAUGUGUGCUUUUCUUGUUGUAUUUGUGGUUGUCAUCACUCACGCUAUUGUCAAGUAUCAACACAUCAAGAAGAGAGAAUUGAAGAGAUUCAUGUUGAAUGAAGAGGAUGUGUUGCGCAUGUCCAUUUGA